GAGUUGGUGGUGGUAGUGGUGGAGUUAGUGGUGGUGGUAGAGUUAGUGGUGGUGGAGUUAGUGGUGGUGGUUGUCCAGCUGUGGGCUUCACCGCCUGGUCACCUUCCAGGGUCACCAGUUGACCCCAUUCGGCGUCGUUGGUCACCCCCAGCCCCCGGCGAUUCAUUCAUUCGUCGCCCCCUCCCGAGGCCGAGAGAGGAGGGGGGCCUUGCUGGGGGCUCUGUCAGUCACCCCGCCUGGCCACGCGUCGGCCCGCCACGGGGUCGCACGUCUCGUCCCUCGGCCACUUGGCGAGGCACCAAGGCCACCGGUCGGGUCAGCGGCUGGGCCAAAUUCCCCGCCUGCCGGGGAAGCCCUCGGGUGACCCGUCGGCCCGCUCGCGGGCUCAUCUCUCGGGGUCCCCCCCGGGCCACCGAUCGCAUCGCCUGUUCGCUCAUUCGCGGGCCCCCCUGUUGGGACUCGCGUGCCACCCGCCGGGGUACCGGCCGCGCCAGCUGCGUGCCGGUCUCGAGGGCCGGUGGCGUCUGGCCAUGUCGGGCGGGGUGGUGGCCGUGGUCGGCGGAGGGGGCGGCGGCGGCGGAGGCGGCGGCGCGGUGCCCGCGGGCCCCACGGCCGUGGCCUCGAGCCGGGCCCGUCUGUACGCGGACGCCAACACGCACCGUGCCCGCGACUACUGGGACUACGAGGCCCACGUGGUGGACUGGGGGAACCAGGACGACUUCCAGCUGGUGCGGAAGCUGGGGCGAGGGAAAUACAGCGAGGUGUUUGAGGCCAUCAACAUCACGAGCAACGAGAAGGUGGUCGUGAAGAUCCUCAAGCCGGUUAAAAAGAAGAAGAUCAAGCGGGAAAUAAAGAUCCUGGAGAACCUGAGGGGAGGUCCCAACAUCAUCUCCCUCGUCGACAUCGUCAAGGACCCUGUGUCCCGCACGCCGGCCCUCGUGUUCGAGUUCAUCAACAACACAGACUACAAGCAACUCUACCAGACCCUGUCGGACUUCGACAUCCGCUUCUACAUGUACGAGAUCCUCAAGGCUCUGGAUUUCUGCCACAGCAUGGGCAUCAUGCACAGGGACGUGAAGCCUCACAACGUGAUGAUCGACCACGAGAGUCGGAAGCUGCGUCUCAUUGACUGGGGACUUGCCGAGUUUUACCACCCGGGCCAGGAGUACAACGUGCGCGUCGCCUCGCGCUACUUCAAGGGCCCGGAGCUGCUGGUGGACUACCAGAUGUACGACUACAGCCUGGACAUGUGGAGUCUGGGCUGCAUGCUCGCCUCCAUGAUCUUCCGCAAGGAGCCCUUCUUCCACGGACACGACAACUACGACCAGCUGGUGCGCAUAGCGCGGGUUCUGGGAACAGAAGACCUCUUCAACUACAUUGACAAAUACAACAUCGACCUGGACCCGCGAUUCAACGACAUCCUGGGCAGGCACUCGCGCAAGCGCUGGGAGCGGUUCGUGCACAGCGAGAACCAGCACCUCGUGAGCCCGGAGGCGCUCGACUUCCUGGACAACCUCCUGCGCUACGACCACCAGGCGCGGCUCACGGCGCGCGAGGGCAUGGAGCACCCCUACUUCUACCCCGUGGUGAAGGAGCAUGGCCGUAAGGGAUCGUCUGCCGGCCUCUUCAGUAGCAGCAGCGGCGGUGGCGGCAACGUGCCCAGCAACGUGGCGGCCAUCAACUCUCCCCGCGGGAGCCUGACGGCCGUGGGCUCGAUGCUGUCCCCUGCAAACGCCGCGGGGGGGGGUCCCCGUGACUCCCGCCACCGCCAUCGCCGGGGCCCCCCAGUGACCGAUCCCCGGGGGACCCCAUCCCCCCACCCCCCCGCCCUUCUCCCCACCGACAAGAUAACACGCACACACGGAGGACAAUCGCACGCCCGCGCUGUCCACCGGGAAACAAAAAAACGCAAGAAACGCAGAGACUCGCUCGGCGGUGGGGGGGGAGGACAAAGAGGACGGAGAGGAGAGGAGAGGAGGACUGAGAGGAGAGGAGAGGAGGACGAAGAGGAGAGGAGGAGGACGAAGAGGAGAGGAGGUGGACGAAGAGGAACGGGGGCCUCUCUGUGCCCGCGGGCGCACGACGCCGCCACCACCACGCUCCGAGCCGGCACGCGGAACUGCUCUCGAAUUUUGUCCACGGCGCAGAUUCGGCGCGAAGCCGCCCGCGGGGGGGGUGGCGGUGUGGGGGGAGGGGGGGUGGGUAGGGGGGGGGGGGGGAACAUCUUGCACGCGACCUCGUCAGUGACUCCUCUCCGCCGGUCAGUCUGGCAGAGAGCAUCGGAGAGUUUGAGAGAGAGUUUGGGGGAAUCUGGGACAGUUUUGAAAGGGUUCUACCCGGGGGGGGGGGGGGGAGUUCAGGAGUCUGGGGAAGGAAGUAUGGGGGAGAGUUGGGAUGAUCUGGGGAGAGUAUAGGAGAGCUUGUGUUGCAGGGAGUUUGGAAGAGUCUGGGAGAGUCUGGGGGAAUCUGGGAGCGUUUUGGAGAGUUUGAGGAGCCCGGCUGGUGGCUUUGCCGUCAUCGUUGCGCCGAGUCGGCUUUGGAGUUGGUCACCCGGCACCGUGGCGGGGCCCCCGCUGUGGGCCUCUUGCGGGUGGGAGGACGGCGCGCCCACAGAGCACAGUGGGGGUGGGACGGGGCGGGGGGGCGAGGGGGGGGGACGAGGGGGGGGGGCGAGGGGUGGCAUCAUCGCAGCCGUGUUGGAGGCAUCGAGUUUGCAACGUCGUGAGAUACUGGGUUCGGAUUUGGGAGUCUGCCGCGAGUGGUGAGACCGGCCGUUCCGAGCGCGGAGACGCGGUCUCAGCCCGGUCUCCGUUGACUGCACACACGCACACAAAACAUCGUUUUGUCGUUAAAUUGGGCUAAAUUCCAGCGGUUGAGAGCUCACAGGUCGGCGUGCGAUGAACACGCGUGUUGCCACGCGUGCCGCUAGUCGCGCGUGCAGUGCUCCCAAGACGUUUCCCCCCACGUAAAGGAGGGCAGCACUAACAGACAGAUAAAUAAUCAGUGUUGUUAUUGUUUUGUAAACCUCGCACGCAAUGUAAACCGGUCUUGGCCAAACGUCCGUAAGUGCUGAAAAAUUACGAGCAGAAUAACAACAAUAAUGUAUUAUUGUCAUAUGAUAUAUUAUUGUUAUUGAUAUUAUUGUAACUAGCAGGGCGUAUAGAGAGGCUGCCCCCGUAGGGUGAGGGAGUUUACUUGAAGCAGCUUCGGAAGCGGCUGCUGUCACCCACUACCGUCUGGGCUCCCCGUUACACGUAAGGCGGUAAACGACCGCUCGCCGUUACGAAGGGAGAGGGGAAAGUCUCGGCGAUGGAAAACAAACAACUACAAACGAUAUCGGAAUCGUGGUGGAGCUUGGAAGCAGAAUUUCAGCGGUGAAAGUGAGGCCAAAUUGAUUCGAUUCGAAGCGAGAUCAAGGUGUUGAGGUUUGGAGCUUACCGGGGUGAGAACUCGACAAGAGAUCAGGAUAGGGGGGGGAGUCUCUCAUUCGUCACCAUGAUCUUCGGGUGGGGGUCAUCGAAAUGACAAACGCAAAAAUAAAAAAACAACUCCUCUAUCGCCCCGAGGAAACGGAAAUUUUCCAAACGUGACGCAGAGUGCGGUGUGCUUCCCCCUGGCUCCUCAUGCACCGGGGUGCCCCGGGUUGAAAUCUCCACCGGAUUCCCUCCGCCGACUCUCACCGGGACGCUCUGCCCACGGCAACAACGCCUCACCGUCACGCGCGGCCCCCACACCCCCUCCCCACCUCCGCCGUCCUCAAUCCACUGCUGGAUGGACCCCCCCCACCCACCCCUUGCGCCAUGUUGGUCAUUUGGUCACGGGGGAAUGUUUGGCCACGCUUCCCCCGGCCGGACUGUUGGGGUCAAACCGCUUUGACCUCGGCGACGCCCGUCCGAAUAUUGCCCCGGUCACUCGAGAGGUCGCGGGCCGUAGGGUCGCGGGAUCCUGCUCGGUCGUUGUGCAUCCAAUUACUUUCGCAUUUAUUUUUGUUUUGAGUUAGCGUGGGGGAGGAGGAGGGAGCGGUGGUGCAGCGGUUGUCCUGCGUGACCCACCAACCCCCCGCCGCCUAAAAGCAGCGGAUCUCGACAGCUCUUUGCCGAUCCACCGCCGGACGAAGGCUUUCCUCGCGCGCAGUGUCGACCAUGCUUCGCCAUGCCGGACCGGUUCCGGUGUCGCUCCCCGCUCCUCUCGCUCGCCGUCGCCGGGAAUCGAACUCUGGGGGCCGCCGCCGCCGCCGCCGCAGUCGGGGACGGGAGACGUCGUCGUCGGUGGCCACGGGGGGCCGGGUCCUCCCGGCUCGCGUCACUCCGCUGCUGGAUGAGGGAUUCCUCGGUGCGUGCGUGUGCGCGCGCGCGCAGGCUUGUCCCUAGGGGUUAAGUCGACAGGACCUCGUAAGGCCGGGCGCUCUGCGAGUCGGUAACGGCAGCGGUGGGCGUGGUUGCGUGUGGGGGGGGGGGGGGGUGUAGAAGUACAAUACAACAGUGGGUUGUGCCCGCGCUGAGCACAUCGACAGCGGCCAAUGGGAAGGACGCCGAGCUGUGUCGUGGCCCCCGGGGUUCGGUCGUUAACAUUUUAAUCUGGGCGGGCGCCAGUCGCCCCGUGAGUCGCCCCGUGAGUCGCCCCGUGAGUCGCCCCGUCGUUUUGGAUUUGGCAUUCGUUUUGAGUGUCCACUUUGUUUUAAAACCGGUGACGGCGGGCGGCGGUCAGUCGGCAGGUCGCGUGUGGUGGUGCGGUCGAGUGUGGUGUCAUCUCCCACCUCUCCCAAGACUGUCUGGGAGAGUUCGUCAAAUGCUCUCCCCGGGGGGGGGGGGUCACUCUCUAGAGAGCGAGCGGUUGCAGGUCUGCACCUUUGCCCCUUCGCCGUGGUUAAUGUUCCGGCCCUUUGCCAUUCCAUUAUCAGUUUGCAGCCCUGAUCCAGCGGCGGAAAUUCCACAUUCGCGUGGCGCGUGGUCCAUCCAUCCACGCAUCGACGAACUGGUGCCGUAUCGGUCGCUGUAGAGACCCAUUGCGGGUUCGUUAAGAGGCGAGAGUCCGGUGACAAGGUGAUGAUGGCCCCCUGUGCCGUCACGCCCAGCUCAUGAUCGGUUGGGGGGAGUGGCCGUAAGUGGAUUUCACUAAAAUUCUGAGCUGUCGAUGCGAGGUGGUGGUGGUGGUCUUCCUACCCCGGGGGGGGGGGGGUGAUAGUCUAUGGGGAGCGGCCGGACAUCUCGCGAGGUCGCCUCGGAAGGCAGCUCCACGCAAGGUGAGGUCUCGUCGUGUUCUGGUGCGAGUGGAGAUGCCGCGGCCGCUGCUUGGCUCCACGCGAGUGCGGCUCGGGACGACGGCGAGAUCUCCGUCAAGGUUUGCGAUGGUCGCACAGGAGGUUGACACGCAACGGGUCUCUGUGAAGCUGCCAAGUCGGUGAUUGGAGCUCUGUGAACGCAAUGGAUGUCCACGGCCAUAGAUGGACCUCUGAAAGUCGGAACUGCGGUCACUGCGACGUGUCCGCUGUUAAAUGAGCAUCUUGGAUGUUGUCUUCCGAGCGAGAUGGAACGAGGCGGGCACGUCGCCGACGUCCGAUAGGUCGGUUUGGCGUAAGGGGGCCCAACCCACAGGCCGGGCAAAACUAUUAACCGAAAGGAGCGGGAGGGGGCUGAUGUUUGAACGCAACUACGUAGCGUGCAACACUUUUAACAGAGUGCAGCCUUAACCCCACCCCCCCCCUGCUCCACCAGCCCAGUGAGCCGACUCCGGAUUAUUCGAAGGUCCACAAAGUUAAAGAGACGCGCGCCUCCAGCACGUGCCCAGUGUGUCAGAGCUGUAACAGAUUGGGUCUCCCCCACACACACACACACGCGGCUAUACCGCCAUUGUAAGACGCACCCCACCCUCCCCAACUUUUUGCUUUAACAUACGGGGGAGGGAGGGGAGGAGGGGGAUCGUCACGCGUAGAGAAAGCGGCCGCUGCUUGGGGGUCGACGCAAACUCGCGAGUGUGACGAGUCCCCAGUUGGACGCCGCCUUUGCCUCCUCCCCCACCGCGCUCGGAUUUCAGCCAAUCGGAUGGCAGGAAAAGUCAGCCGAUUGUGACGGGGGGGGGGGGGUGUUGUGGUGGGGGGUGGGGUUUUGCUUGGUCGUUUUGUUUUACGAAAACAGUUGCCUGCGACCGGUCGCUUGCAACUCGCGCAGGACCGGUUGCUCGCGGCGGAGACGCUCGAUCUUGCCCCGCGUGGCUGCGGUCGUCAUGAACUUUGACCGCAGCCGCUUUAAAGUUCCCUCGCCGCUCGCUCCCUCGGGACGUGGAGCGGCGAGGAGGCCGAGACGGGAACGGCGCCACGUCGAGAAGCAGCGGCCAUCGGUGCCGCGCGGCUCGGCGGCUCUCCGGGGGAGGAGGGCCGAGGGUGAUUGGAGCCGCAGCGAAAUUUAAUUUCGUGAGUGGAGUACGACGAUGAAUGCGUGGAUCUAGACACCCCCCCCCCCCACCUCGCCCCCCCCCCCUCGCCUCCCCGUGUUUGUUGUGCUGUGCGGUGCAGAUUUGAAACAGAAAUAAAAGCUACUCCAGCCUUUUUCUAAAAAAAAA